AUGAUCUCGAAGUUGGCACAGGAAAAUAUGGCUGAGUGCUAUAGAGAAGAAAUUGAUGGAACUAAAUGGCUGCAUCGACAAAGACGACAGGAUCAUCUUGGCCGCGCUGGUCGCACCAGAUCUAACGGCAAGCGUGAUCGAGCAGCCGGCGGCGUGGGGGGCGCGUCAAGCAAGUGCAGCUGGUGGUGCUGCUGCUGCCAGAGCUGUCGUCGCCGUCGCCUUCGCCACAGCCGCCGGGCCGCCGACGCCGCAGCAACAGCAUCCGAAGCCGGCGACGACCUGCAGCAACAGCAACAGCCACAGCCACAGCAGCAAACUGAAACCACAGAAAUUAUAACGUCACCGUCAUCAUUCGCCAUAGCAGCGCCUAGACGAGUUGAGGUGACCGCCGCCACCCUGUCGUCGUCUACCGAAUGCCAAGUGCCGUCGUCGUGUUCCGUUACCGCAGACACCGACCGGAAGUCGUCGUCGGUCUCGUCUGUCGUCCCGGUUGCCGGCGACCAAAACUUGCAACAACAACAACAAUCGCCGCACUCCGCAUCGGGGACGAAACAGCAGCAGUUGCACGACAUCGAAGAGGAAGAAGACGACGAUCAGCCGACGUCAUCGACGGGCGGCGACCAUUCGCUGAUCGUCCGUGAAACCAUUGGUUGCCCGUCUACGUCAGCAUCGUCUGGCGCCCCGUCGGCCUCGACCACGACCUGUCCCAGGGCUGCCACGACCACGGCGACGCUGUCAUCCUCGGCGCCCGCCACCGACUGGAAGCGAAAGAAAAACUUGCGCCCCAAGAGCGUGACUAACACGGUUAGUUCAGACACGUCUGGCGCCGUCGGUUCGGGUGUCCAAGAACGCGCAGCUGGCACUACGCUACCUUCGAUCAACGACAACGACGACAACGACAACAACAACAACAACAGUAACGACAACAGUCAAGCGUCUACGUCUGCAGCUGCAGCGGCUGUAGCGGCAGCGGCCUCCACCGUAUCUGUCACGGCCAAGAUGCAAGCGGAACAGGGCAGCAUCGGUGACCUGCAAAAGUACCACAAGUUCCUCCGGAAUCGUAGGCACACGCUAGCCAACGUUCGGUAA